AUUGCCUUCUAGUGGCUCCAGGGCUGCAGGCGAUUUACAUGUCUUAAAGCCUCGGUAUUUGGUACCUAGGUCUAGGUAUUAACCGGUUCCUUUAGCUGCAGCGCGUUACAUGCUGUGUUACAUGUGUUCCUCGUGGCAAGUCGAACUUUUAAAAAGGAAGUUGCGUACCUAUUUAUAAGCUACCUACGUUUUCUAUACUGAACCUUUCACCAUUUUUACUUUUCAUGGCUGAGAAAUUCGUUUGGAAUAAUCGCUGGCUAAAACCAAAACCUAUGAAUCUAGAGACUCGGAACUCGCCUAUGUUUCUCGUCUAUGGCAGCUAGAUACGUGUCCGGCCAACCGUUUACUCGUAGCAUGGAAUGCUCUAUAACUUCAGAUUGCUGAGAUACCCUCAGCUGCAGCGAAUGCGAGCAUCACCUAUUCUCCUAAAUCCCGUAGUCGCAUCGCCCAAAUAAUAGCACCAGCACCAUGGCGCAUGACGACGACCCUACGCGCGACUCGGCGCCCGAUCUCCAGAUUCUCGGUGACCAGAUCACCCUGCAGCCGAGAAGCUAUGUGGAAGCUCGCCGUCAUGACGACCACGAGCCUUUAAUGCACAACAUGGCUCGUUUUCGAUCCGAGCCAUUACAGUUCUUACGCGAAGUGUCUCUAUACAUCUCUGGUACUGGGUGGCGAGCUUACGACAAUUUCAUCGGACAACCCAUAUUCUACCCUGGCUUUUCCGAGAAAAUGAAGAACGCGGUUGUAUCUGCACCACUAUUACAGGACCGUAUAUCCCAGCUUGCCGACAGGAGACUGGAGGUCGAGGAGAAGGAAGGCUGGCUCAAGAAAGACGACCAAGAUUUCGCUAGUAAAAAGGCUCAAAGGCGGGCCGUUAUAGAGUCGAGCAUUCGAGAAGUCGCGGAGAAGAUGACCAACGACAUGAUUUGCAAGUUUGAGAGUAAGACAUUCAUAAGAGGCGCAUAUUAUUUGGUUACGCAAUUGCUCACACGGGCGUACCAUCAGGGAAUACAUGUUUCCAGCGAGGAAGUUUUGCGGUUGAGAAAAGUAGCAGAGAUAGCGGAGAAGAAGAAGCAGAGCAUCAUCUUUCUACCCUCUCAUCGGUCCCACGUAGAUUAUGUUUCGAUGCAACUAAUAUGUUAUCGGUUGGGUUUGGGGCUUCCAGUUGUUGUUGCAGGCGAAAACUUGAAUAUGCCAGUCGUUGGAAGCUUCUUACAACAUGCGGGUGCGAUGUGGAUUAGGCGAUCAUUUGGCAACGACACUUUAUACACCACCCUUGUGCAAGCCUAUAUAGAUACUUUACUUCAAGGGGGAUAUAAUUUCGAGUGUUUCAUUGAAGGCGGGCGGUCUAGGACAGGGAAGCUUCUCUCUCCUAAGUUUGGCAUCCUAAGCUUUAUUCUUGAUAGUUUACUGUCAGGUCGAGUCCAAGAUGCCAUUAUUUGCCCGGUUAGUACACAAUACGACAAAGUCAUCGAGACGGAAGGCUACGUAACUGAACUACUCGGCGUUCCGAAGAAACAGGAGAACCUAGCUGAUUUCUUAAGCGGUGGCUCGUCCGUUUUAUCAUUACGAUUGGGGAGAGUGGAUGUUCGAUUUCACGAGCCAUGGAGCUUACGCAGUUAUAUCGACGACCAACUAACCAAGAUCACCAAAUCCCCCGAAACCUUGCGGCUUGAUGUCAAAACCCCAGAAAAUGCCGCCAUCAAGCAGAAACUACUACGAACCAUGGGGUACAAGGUCCUAUCGGAUAUCAACGAUGUAUCUGUAGUGAUGCCUACCGCGUUGAUCGGUACAGUACUACUAACACUUAGGGGUCGUGGUGUGGGCAAGUCGGAACUUAUGAGGCGGAUCGAAUGGCUUAUCGCACGAGUAAGAGCAAAGGGAGGACGCGUUGCACAUUUUGGGAACGCCCCCUUAUCCGACGUUAUAGAACGUGGUUUAGAUGUCCUGGGAAAAGAUCUCGUCGGUGUCGUGCAGGAUUUGGCAGAACCGACAUACUACGCUGUGGAUAGAUUCCAGCUUUCAUUCUACCGAAACAUGACCAUUCACCUAUUUAUUUCAGAAGCGCUUAUCAGCGCUAGCAUGUAUACGCGAGUUAAAUUAGGGGGAGGUCCUGCUCAUCAGGAAAUAUCUUAUGAUGCUUUGCGGGAUCAAAUUUUGUUCCUAUCAUCACUAUUCCGUGGAGAGUUUAUAUUCCCAGGCGAUGGACUCGCGGCGAACUUAGAAAAGACUCUAGUUGGAUUAGAAGACGACCGUGUUCUCAACCUCAAGAGAGACGAGCAUGGCAGUAUAUUGAGCAUCGGGCUUGCAGAUGAAGAGAGAGCCGCUGGUAGAGAGAACUACGAUUUCUACUGCUUCUUAAUCUGGCCGUUUAUUGAGUCUAGUUGGCUUGCCGCGGUGUCGCUGAUGGGACUUACUCCUCCCCUUGGGCAGCAGGAUAAUGGCAUUUGGAUUGAAGCUGCCAAAGCGCAUAAUACGGCCCAGCUGCUCGGUAAAACGCUUUAUCACCAAGGUGAUCUCAGCUAUUUUGAGGCGGUGAAUAAAGAAACGUUAAAAAAUUCGUACCAGCGAUUUGAAGAAGAGGGUAUUAUCUACGUGGUCAAAUCAAAGGACUCAAAGGUUCCCCCUCGUCUGCGUCUCGCCUCCGAAUGGAUGCCGUCCCGCGAGCCUGCCAAAUCAGGCGCUCUGCAACCGUCUGGUAGACUAUGGAACUUCAUUGAGCGAAUCGCAUCUAGCAGACGCGAAGGUAAGAACCGAAGAGAUGGUGCUACAGUCAGCACACGAGUUUUGCGGCUCGCAGAUAUGCUAGGCGCAAAGCUAUUUGAAGAAGUGACCAAACCAGAAAGCCAAGCCGAGGCAAAAUUAAGUAAUGAAGAGGCAGCGAAGUUUAAGAAGGCCAUUACAGCGGAAAGGAGGAGAAGGAGAUUAGAAGGUAGAUCACGUCUGUGAGAACAUGCUAAGUGUGAAUCUGAUGUAAGCUUGAUACCAACCGCGUGUAUAAGUGGCAAUAGAACUAGUGUUAAUAGAGCGAAUUAUACUGUCCUA